AUGAACGCGAUGCAGCAACAACAGAGCCAGGGAGCUCCAGCCCCGAACGGGGUCGCCGGUGGCGCCCAACUCCCACCAAAUCCGGCCCAGGUCAGUCCGGCCUCGGGGACCACCAACAACGCCCGGCUCCAGGUCAACGGCGGCAGGUUCGACUUUGAUGACGGUGGGACCUACUGCGGGGGCUGGGAGGAUGGCAAGGCCCACGGGCAUGGAGUCUGCACCGGACCCAAGGGCCAGGGCGCCUACUCGGGGAGCUGGCAUUACGGGUUCGAAGUUUCUGGGGUCUACACCUGGCCCAGUGGCUCAGCUUACGAGGGCCAGUGGCAGAAUGGAAAGCGGCAUGGUCUGGGCAUGGAGACUCGGGGCAGAUGGAUUUACCGCGGAGAAUGGACUCAGGGCUUCAAGGGCCGGUAUGGGGUCAGACAAUCCACCACUUCCACUGCGAGGUACGAGGGAACUUGGGCCAGUGGGCUUCAAGACGGAUAUGGCUCAGAAACUUAUGCAGAUUCUGUAAGAACAAGUGCUCCCUUUGGCCUUGCGAGUCAUUACAAGCCUCCCAAGCAAAUCCGCGCCUCCUUGACAUCUCUAAGAAGCACCGAUGGAGCACCAGCAGUUCCUCCGACUCCAGAACCGACAGAUCGACGGGACCGCCGCGUGGAUGACAGUCGCGGUGGCUUUGUACUUAAAGCACGCAGCGAUGAUCCUCCCGCGAGACGGAAAAGCUUGACGGAAAAAUCACUGAAGAAAGGAAUCCUUUCGGGAUUGAAAAUUCGGAAACAACGCAGCACAGGGGACCUGGAAAAACGGGGAACUGUCGGAAGUAUAAGAAGCAAUGCCAGUUCUGCGUCAUGGAUGUCAACUGAGAGUUCACAGAGCUUCGGAAUAUCCGAGCGCAGCGACGGGCUCCGUUACGAAGGAGAGUGGUUCAACAACCGGAAAUACGGAUACGGCGUGACGACCUUCCGAGACGGUUCCAAAGAAGAGGGCAAGUACAAGAACAACGUCUUGAUAACCUCCCAAAAAAAGAAGCACCUGUUCCUGAUUCGUUCGGCAAAGUUCCGGGAACGAAUAGACGCGGCAGUGAGCGCAGCGCAGCGUUCCAGCAAGAUGGCGCUCCAGAAAGCAGACAUAGCAAUUUCCCGCACAGCGACAUCUCGCGGAAAGGCCGAGCUUGCGGACAUUGCCGCGGACCACGCGAGACAGGACUCGGAACUGGCCCAGCAGACGGCGAAGCAGUUCGCGCCUGAUUUUAGACAGCCUGGGCUCGAGCGAUUAAGGAACCGGGAGAUUCCCAAGUAUGUUCCGCCUCCGCAAGACGCUCAGCCUCCCAAAAGCAUCCUCUCGUCUGCGAAAACCGCGGCUGAGUCUACGCCCGCGAAAUCAAGUGAAGUUCCAAGCCCACCCGCGCUCUCUGCUGGAGGAACCGCUCCGAACAAUGCCCAGAACUUCAACCAGUCGAUCCGACGCCCCAGCAUGAAGGCGAUGACCAACCAAAUUCCUAUUUUGGGGAACGCCAAUCAGAAUACUGGAACUGCGCAAAACAGUGGACUUGUGGGACAAUAUGGCGCAGGCUCGGGUCUGGGUCCUGGUCCUGUUCCUGGUCCUGGGCCUGGGCCUGCUGGUGCUCAGAGUUAUAAUUACGGUGGUGGUAGUGGUGGUGGUGUCAGUGAUGGUGGACAAUUUAUGGUUAAUUCAAACGCAUAUGCACCAGGUGUUAGUCAGUUUGGUUUAGGACCAAUGCCCAACACGCAACAACAAGAUCGACCUACCACGGUUGUCAAUGCGCAGUCUUUGAAUGAUCGGUUGGAUCAUUACAAAAGGCCACCGAGUCGAGAUAGUUCUGUUGAUCGUUAUCGUACAAAUCCUGUCGGAAGCGGAGCAGCCACGCCGACUUACACGCCUCCUACAACGAGCCAGUUCGAGGGCGCCCUGCGGCGUCGCGGAACCGGCCAAGAAAUAAUUCCCAGCGCCGUCCAACCGAAGCGAACUGAAAGCUUGUACGUAGCACCUGCCCGCAGUUCCAUCGGCGGCGGCGGAGGUGGCGGCGGCGCGACGAGUCCGCUGUCCAGAGAGGAGGUCAGCGUGCUGAGCAGUAUGAGGAGAGAGGAGAUACGAAGACAAAUUGACGAAAGUGAAAGACUCAGGGCCAAUCCCCUUCUGUAUCUAGUCAGUCCCCAGGUCAAAGACUGGUUCUCGCGGCAGCAACUAGUGAUGCUUGUACUUUUUAUCAACAUAUCAUUGGCCCUGAUGUUCUUCAAAUUGUUGACGUAG